AAGUCCUCUCAGUGCCUUCUCGGGAAGUGGAUUCCUUCGACCAAAUGAAAGUGAAUCUAGCAAAAAAUAUGCACCUUUGGAGAUGCACGUAAAAAAUAAGCACAACAAAGCGUAGCGAAUUCGCCGGAAUAGCAAACUAUUUGACGAAUCCCGAGCUCCCAAUUUUGUGGAAAAUUUGACCCAUUUUGUGGAAACCGCUAUAGUAAACUUUGGUGAAAUGGCACAAAAACCCCAAGAUCUCCCCAGACCUGAGAAGAUUCCCCAGUAUUUCUCAAAAAACACCCCUUUAACCUUGGUUAAGUCCAUUCGACUUCGAGAGUCAUCUCAAAAUACCCAAAAAUUUUCCCCAGAUUCCCCAAACUUGGGAGCUCGUAAGUUACUGGUAUUUGACCACAGAUGCCUUAGAAACAUUGCUGGCAUCUGCUAGGAUCACCGGGUAAGUAAUAGUGAGGCUAAACGCAGGAUAUUAGGGAAUGAUGGUAAAUCAGUUGAUGGGGUUGUGAAUCUUCAUCGACUGAGAUGGUUGGGCCACGUGCUACGUAUGCCUGAACAGCGAUUACCACGACGUACAAUGCUAACGGGUGUUGGGGAUGGUUGGAAGAAAGAUGGGGUCGGCCAAACCAAAACGUGGCAUCAGUGCUUGAAGACACUAACUUCUAGUCUGAGCCAUGUUGGUAGAUGCAGACUACUCGGUUGGGGUCCGCGUGAUUAUCGUUACCAUUGGUUAAAGACUCUUGGUGACGGCUCAGAAUCGAUCACAAUGAUGUAGGUGUAUACACUCUCUGUCUUCCCUUAAACUAUGAGAUUAAGAUCGCUUCAUAUCUUUCUACGAACUAAUUCUUUCUUCCUGUACUACAUCCUUAUAUGCAAUCUUUCUUUUAUAUAUUACAACCAUUAACUUAACCACUCUUAUGAAUCCGGUGUUUAUCUUACUGUGCUAAUGCGGUAUGGCAACUUGGACCGAUGCAUAUAUGUGCCUGGUCCUACGUUGUGGCUGACUGGCCGACAAAGCAUCAGAAUGGACGUGUGUAACACGUUUUCACACCACAUCAUGCAUUAGAGGGUUAUUACUUCGUCAGUAGGCUUGUAACUUCUAAAACCGAAUGUUUAACCUCAUCACUACUCAUUCAAUGAUUCCAUCAUACACAAACAGUUCUAAAAAUAUCUGUGGUCUGAUACUAAGGGACCUACUCAUGCUGUUAUCUUAAAAGGUUGUUUCACCAUAAACAAACAAACUCGUGGAAUAUAUAUUCACCUUUUCAUAAAUGGAUAGAUCUUUCCUGUCUUGCAGGUGACGUAAAGUGGUCAAAAUCAAGCGAGGUCUUACAUCUCUUAUCUCAGUACAUUUGUCAGUGAUUUGAUUAACUAAUCUCAGGUUUUUAUCUGGCGGCUCUUAGCCUUCCUGCAAAUCACUUUUACACCAAUUGCUCUUUGAAUUAUGUAGUGAUUAGGCAUGCGUAAUAAAUGUCCAAACUACCCCACUACCUCAUCAAACAAUUCUCCAUAUUUUCCUAGGUCUCUUAUUUGAUGCAGUUUGGUUUUCCAACUGAUUUUACAUAAUCUGCCAUCAUUCCGUUGAAGGGCAAACCAUAAUACCUGUGAAUCCACAUUUGGUAGAAAUGAAUGGUGUGAAGGAUUUUCCACGACCAAGCCCAUCUAUUCGAUCAUACACUCUAGAGAAAUAUCAGAUGCUUCGUUUUGAAGUCACUUCACCAUCUGGUUUAACUUUAGUUUCUGGUGCUGCUGAAGUUUUUGGUACUGAACUCGUUUGUGGUUGGGAGUUACAGUUGUAUCCAGGUCAACGAGGAACAGUCGUUACGUUCCAUGGUUGCAAACUGAUUGUUCAAGACCAGGGGGUUGCUGCCUAUAUAAUCGCCUCAUCGGAAGAUCAAGAAAUUGUGCAUGUAUAUAUGAAUAUUCAUGCAAACCUAGAAGUUUCACGACAAAAAGCUGUAAAGGAGCAAAGUAGAGGGCCACGCGUAUUAGUAUGUGGUCAAGAAAGUGUUGGGAAGUCUACACUUUGUCGCACUUUGGCAAGUUAUGCGGCUCGUAGAAAACACAAACCAAUACUUGUAGAUGUUAACGUCGGACUCAACCAGGUGUGUAUACCAACAACUAUUGCCGCAAUAAGUGUUACCAAACCAUAUGAUUUGAUGGAAGGGUGGAGUCUAGAGGAAGAUCCAUUAGUAUUUUGUUUCGGUCACACUGAUCCUGCGAGUAACUUAAAUCUUUUUCGAGAACAAGUGAAUCGAUUAGCCGAACUUAUCAAUAUUCGUUCUGAAAAUGAUAUGAGUAUAUUCACUAGUGGUUGUAUAAUCAAUAUGAGUGGAUUUCGUAAAGAUGAUUCAGAUGGUGGGUCAAGUAAAGAAAAGGGUAUACAAGCCAUACGAACGACUGCUGCAGCUUUCGAAGUUGACACAUUAUUGGUCAUAGAAGAUGGAUUUCUGGCUUCGUUCCUGCGUGAAGAUCUUCCUCCCGAGGUGACUAUAGUAAGAUUACCCAAAUCUUCAGGUGCUAUAACUAGAAGUCCAGAUCAGUGGACACGUCAGCGAGAUGCUCGAGUCUGUUCCUAUUUACAUGGCGAAAACCCCUUGAGACGUCUGCAUCCACAUCAAAUAACGCUUAAAUCUUCUGAGUAUUCAAUUUACAAAGUUGGAAGUGAGGCUAUUCCCGAUGCACUUCUCCCACAUGGAGCACAAGAAGAGGAGACAUGGCGUAAUCCCAUCCAGGUUUCAGUUAGUCGAGAUUUGAAAAAUCGUCUGUUGGCAGUUUCUCAAGCUUCAGAACCUUAUCAAGUUCCAGAAGCUCCUGUUUAUGGAUUUAUCGUAGUUGUUAAUGUUUCCGAAGACAAGUCCACAUUCACCAUACUCAGCCCAAGUCCACAUCCUCCUCCAAAUAAUCUAUUUUUAUUAACCAGUAUUUGUUACGUCGAUCCUGAAUCACUGUAAUUUCAUAUGUAAAAAUUGACCAGUGGUCUUGUAAAUAUAUUUCUCUGUUGUACUAUUAAAGCAAACGUUUAUUGGAUUUU